AUGUCAGCAGGAUUGUAUUCUAGAUAUAUACCUCCACAAAAGAGCGCUCCAUCAUUGAAGGAGCCUAUAUUGCAAUCACCUGCCUCUUCCGAGCAGAAUGGCGAAAAACCUUCCAAUAACACGCCUGUGAAGAAACGAAAGAGAUCUUCCCACGAAGUCAGCGAGAAGGCACCUCCAAGCGAUGACGCCGAAGCUGAUUCAAAGUUCAAACGGAUUCGCCAAAAAUUUGAAAAAUCUACAAAGUCUGCGGCAGAGCGCCUUGAAGCAGAAAAGAAUGCCGCCGCCGCUGUACCAAUUGAGGGCGACGAAGCCCAGCUUCCCGAGCCAGAGGAAGUUCAAGGACUUGUCCCUCUUCCACAGCCAGCUCCUGUGCCAGAGCCAGAUUUUGCGCCAUUAUUCAGCUCAUUACCCAGCUGGCUCGCGGAACCGUCUACUGUAUCGUCAACAGAAACAGCCCCUUUCAAUUCUCUACCGAUCUCCCAAAAGUUACUGUCUACUUUAACGUCCAAAGGCUACAAGUCUGCAUUUGCUGUACAAGCAGCCAUUAUUCCACUUUUACUACCGGGAAAUUCUUGGAUUCCAGGAGAUGUUUGUGUGUCAGCUGCAACGGGCUCUGGCAAGACGCUUUCGUAUGUACUUCCUAUCGUCGAAAGCCUAAGGAAACAUGUGGUGAGGAAAUUACGGGCUGUGAUUGUUGUGCCGACGCGAGAGCUUGUCUCGCAGGCUCGGGACGCUUGCGAACUGUGUGCUGCGGGUUCUGGCUUGCAAGUCGGCACUGCACUCGGUACACGCCACUUGGAUGUGGAGCAAGACUCAUUGAUUGGGAAGGAAGCAUAUUAUGAUCCUGAGGGCUACCAGGAAAGCCUGGAGAGGUCAAGGGCUCGAAGAAAGGCAGGAAUUACAGGAUCAGAAACUCAGAAAUUGGAAGAGGAUCGACCCGAUAUUCUACCGCUACAUGUUUCGAAACUUGUUUCGAAAGUUGAUAUUUUGGUGUGCACACCCGGUCGAUUAGUCGAGCACAUUCGGUCUACACCAGGCUUUACGCUUCACAAUGUUGAAUGGCUUGUCAUAGAUGAGGCAGAUCGCUUACUCAACCAAAGCUUCCAAGAGUGGACGUCAGUGGUUAUGUCAGCCUUGGAAGGCAACCAGUUCAACAAGGAAUUGAGUAUUCGGGAGCAGAUCCUAAGGGAUCUUGGCCGAUCUCCAGACUCUAAGAGAGUCCGAAAGGUUAUUCUCAGCGCUACGAUGACCCGAGAUGUACAAAAAUUGAGCGCUUUGAAGCUUCGAAGACCAAGACUUGUUGUAGUUGGCAACGCGGAGCUUGAACGCAUUGAAAAGUCCGAAUCAGCCGCAUUAUAUGAUCUCCCGUCUCUAUUGCUCGAGAGGGCUGUGAGUGUUGAGGAUGGUAGUGAGAAGCCAUUGUAUCUUUUGCGUUUACUUCAGUCCAAACUGCUUCCAGAGGGAGCUCUUACGAUGAAGAACCCUAGUGGCUAUGAAACAAAGGCAGAUUCAACGGAUACGUCGUCAGAUGAGGACUCUGACGACACAUCGUCAAGCGGUUCGGACACCUCCUCUGAUGAGUCUUCAGAUGAGGAAGAGUCGUCUGCUUCAUCAACAAAUUCGCAGGCCGAGAGUGCCAGCGCUGCAUCUGCAUCUUCUUCUUCUUCUUCCGGCUCAUCGAGUUCGGAUGAUUCUUCGGACGCAGAUUCUGAGAAUGAAAUGCCCUCGACGCGAAAGGUAGUCGAUUCCGCAAAGGGAAGCUCACAAUGCACAACACGAGGAAUUCUUAUCUUCACGAACAACAACGAGAAUGCUUCCCGUCUCGCUAGACUACUUUCCAUCAUGCAACCAGCCUAUGCGUCAAUCACAGAUAUUCUGACGAAAUCGUCGAGCACUGCUUCGGGACGGAAAACUCUGGCUGCGUUCCGAGCCGGCAAGACUCAUAUCCUCAUCGCCUCUGAUCGUGCUUCGCGUGGAUUGGAUGUUCCAAACCUAGCACACAUAGUUAAUUAUGACAUACCGACAAGUGUCACCGCCUACGUCCACAGGGUUGGUCGGACGGCCCGAGCGGGGAAAGAGGGGCAAGCAUGGAGCUUUGUCACCAAUACGGAGGCUAGAUGGUUCUGGAAUGAAAUUGCACGAGGUCCACAGAUCCAGCGUCAACCUGGAAGGAAGGUGGAACGUGUUAAAGUGGACCUGGCAGAUAUCAAUGCCGAUGAGAGGGAGCGGUAUGAGGAGGCGCUCACGACGCUGAAGCGUGAGGUACAAGGAGGGAGGUAA